AGGAAAUACUUCUCCCCCAUACUUUUGAUUCUCACAACACCCUCAGAUUUCCUCCCUCUCUCUCUCUCUCUCUCUCAGAUAGAGAUGCCUGAAGAUGCAAUAUUAGAAAACGGUACAGAUCAGGAUCCUAAAAGCCAUGACCGCCAAGAAGAAGUAGUAGUACUUCCUCAUCAUCCGGAUCAUCAACAACUCAAAGGCAAGAAACUUUCAUGGCAAAAGUUACGUAGAUUCGACUCCUUGGAUAUCGAGUCACGCAGUGUCAACGGUCACCAUGGCCAUAGCUCCCAGGGUGCAAGUUGGUCGGUGAUACUGCACCUAGCAUUUCAGAGCCUUGGAAUAGUCUAUGGAGACAUUGGUACAUCACCUCUAUAUGUGUAUGCGAGUACCUUCACCAAUGGCAUCAAGGACAUAGAUGACAUCUUGGGUGUUCUUUCUUUGAUCAUAUACACCAUCACCUUAAUCCCCUUGAUUAAGUACGUCUUCAUCGUCCUCCGAGCCAACGAUAAUGGCGACGGAGGGACGUUCGCACUUUACUCUCUGUUGUGUCGAUAUGCCAAGGUUGGUUUGACUCCGAGAUCCAUUCAGAUUAGUAUGUGCUCAGUGACUUACCCAGCUCUCCUACUUGCAUAUACCGGACAAGCCUCUUUUCUGCGUGAGCACAAGACUCUAGUUGCGAACACCUUCUAUGAGUCCAUACCAAAUCCUUUGUAUUGGCCUAUGUUUGGGGUUGCCGUAAUGGCAUCAAUCAUAGCCAGCCAAGCCAUGAUUUCGGGUACCUUCUCAAUCAUCCAACAGUCUCUUUCACUAGGGUGUUUCCCUCGUGUGAAAAUUGUGCACACAUCGACCAAGUAUGAAGGACAAGUUUACAUUCCGGAGGUCAACUACCUUCUCAUGCUGGCUUGUGUUGGAGUCACCUUGGGUUUCAGAAGCACCACAAAGAUUGGAAAUGCAUACGGCAUAGCAGUGAUAUUUGUAAUGACGCUUACGUCGUCCUUCCUGGUGCUAAUCAUGAUUAUGAUUUGGAAAACCCCAAUACUUCUCAUUAUCUCAUAUGUUCUUAUCAUCGGAAGCGUGGAGCUUAUGUACUUGAGUUCGGUGCUCUACAAAUUUGACCAAGGUGGAUAUCUUCCUUUGGCAAUUGCCACUUUACUGAUGCUCAUAAUGUUUGUGUGGAACGAUGUUCAUCGAAGAAAGUACUACUACGAGCUCGAGCACAAAAUUUCCCCUGAAAAGCUCAAGCAACUUGCCGUGGACAAAAACUUUUGCCGCAUGCCUGGCCUCGCCAUGUUCUAUUCAGAACUCGUUCAAGGAAUUCCUCCAAUCUUCAGUCAUUACGCGGCAAAUGUGCCUGCUUUGCACUCAGUCCUGGUUUUUGUCUCCAUCAAAUCAUUACCGAUAAGCAAGGUUCCGUUGGAGGAGCGUUUUCUUUUCCGCAGAGUGGAGCCUAGAGAGCUUAAUGUGUUCCGAUGUGUCGCUAGAUACGGGUACACAGAUGUCCGAAAUGAGAAUGAACCCUUUGAAGGAUUGCUGAUAGAAAAAUUGAAGGAGUUCCUAAGGGAUGACUUUUGGCUAUCUCAAAGAACCAUGCACAUAACCAAUGGAGAGAAAUUGGAAAAGGAAGUUUCUGCUGAGUUAGAAGGUGAUGAUCAUGAGUUGGUUAAUGGAAAUGGUCAUAAUGAGAAUGAGAACGAAAACGAGAAUGUAAAGCAAGUACUUGAUGAUGAUGAAGAUCAAAGGAAACAACAAGACGAUAUACUGUUGGAGACAGAGAUUGAGGCGAUUGACAAAGCGUGGCAUCGGGGGGUUGUGCACUUAAUUGGUGAGAAUGAAGUGACGGCUGCGAAAGGAGCUGGGAUAGCGAAAAGGAUCUUGAUUGAUUAUGCUUACAAUUUCUUGAAGCGAAAUCUGAGGCAGAGUGACAAAGUGUUUGAUAUUCCUCACAAGCGCAUGUUAAAAGUGGGCAUGACUUAUGAACUAUAGUACAACAUACAGAGAGAAGAUCUGGAGGUAAAUGUGUACAAGUCUAUAAGAUUCGCAGCUUUAGAAAAGUGUAGCUAAAUAGAUAAUUGAGUAACGUUCAAUAGAUAAUUGAGUAACGUUCUGGUGCUCAAAUAGAAAGGUCUUCUUGUAAAGAAUAAAAAUCAAAAUUGAAAAUUCUGAUAGGGUGAUCGAGGCUUGAGAGCUUCUUAGAUAGUAUUAGAGGCAUUGUGAUUAGUAUAUAAACUUAUAUGAAUAUUGCUAUGCUAAUGCAUUUUUCAGAGAAUUGUAUGUU